AUGGACCAUGCCGUGGUGCAAAAGUGGCUGCGCAGCGUGCUCGGACCUUACACCGAUCGCGACCGCGUGUUCGCCGACAUCGAUCGAACUCUGAUUGCUGUCUCGUCCUUGUCACCCAAGACAGAGGUGUUCACCUUCAACGAUGGUCGCACCCAGCUGCUGCUCAACUUGGACGGCACAAUCCCCGUCAACUUUCGCGGCAACACGUACAACAUUCCCGUAGCAUACUGGAUCCCGAGGGACUACCCGCGUGAACCACCCAUGGCUUUCGUAGCGCCCACACCAGACAUGGCCAUCCGCAAGGGUCCCAACGUCGACCCGAGUGGAGAGAUUGGCGGAGAAUAUCUCAGAAGAUGGCGCAACAAGCCGGAAGCCUGCAACCUGCUUGAUCUGGUUCACGACUGCCAGCAGAUGUUUGGUCGCGAACCUCCAGUUUAUGCCAAACCAAAACCGACACCUGUGUACGCGACAGCUGCUUCCACUUCAGCUGCUGCACAGCAGAGACAGCCAUCUCAACCUUCGACACCCCAGAGGCAGGCCAGUGUGUCUCACAGCUAUGCGCAACAGCGACCAGGCCCCCCGCCUCCAGUCCCAGCCUCUCCACAAUCACUGCAAUCGGCUGGUGGUGCAAUCUUUCACGGUCGCAAUGGUCACGAUCCACGCCAAAAACCGCCUCCACCAGCGCCAGCGACGCCGACUAACUCGCAGGGUGGCUUUCCACAGGGACAUGGCCAGACGACACCGCAUCGACCUCCAAAGCCAUCGUCCUCAUUGGGUCCAGAUGGCGGUUAUUCGGCCAAUCCGCACCCUCGGGACUCGAUGUCCUACUCGGAUCAGUACGGCUCACCCGCACCUGCACCGCUGCCUGGCACCCAAAUGCAAUCGCCGCAACAGACGGGCGCACCUCGCUUCGCACCCAAUGAGGAGGCUUACAGACGCUCUUCAGGGGCAGGUCUCCCUCCCGCCGGUUACGGUCGGCCUCCUCAACAGUACGUAGGACCACAUCAACAGCAAUAUGCUUCUCAAUCGCCUGCUGGGGGACCACAAUCUCCAGCACAAACGGCGCCGUGGCAGUCGAAUGCAUACGAUCCGAAUGGCGUACCGGCACAGCGUCGGGACUCACAGCAGUUCGCGCCUCAUCACCAGCAUCACAAUCAGCAUCAGCGCGCUCAGACAUACCCUUAUCCAGCAUCCGACUCGCAUCGCGCGACACAUUCACCGUACAACGGUAGUCCAGCUCCGCCUCGACAGAACGGACAGCCGCCAUAUCAGCCUCAGCAUGGCCCAUCAUCCACCCAGUCACCACUUGCACCUGGACCGCACCCCUACCAGCAUGCCAUCAAUUCUGCUGCUGGCGCAAACGGCCACUCGAACUCGCCAACCCCAGCGAUCGUGCCCAAACCAAAAGGCUUCAACCUGCUCGACGAGGAAGACGAUUCUAGCGUUCAUCCUCACACGUCCUCCGCUGGGCCUGCACCUGGCAACCCGUCCGUCGCUCCGCCACCCCGCCCAAUCAACCCGGAGCUGCUGGCGCUGCACGAUCGACUCUAUCACAAGAUCGAUUCGCGCCUUACCACCCUCUCCUCCACACUGUCGGCCUCCAACGCGCGCCUAGACGUGCUCUCCGCCGACCUGGACCGGGGUCUUCCCGCCAUCGAGGACGAGCUUUCGCGACUGAAAGCCGUGCGCGACGUGUGCGCUACCACCGGCGACCGACUCCAGACCUCCGUCACCGAACUCACCGACCAAGUCCGAUCACUGCAGUCGCGCGAAGAUCCGGACCCAGACACCAUGGUCCUCGCCACCAGCAUCGUCGGCAACCAACUGGUGGAUCUCGUCGCGGAAGACAACGCCAUCGAGGAUACGCUCUAUCAUCUCGGCAGGGCGUUGAACGCGGAGCGCAUCGAUCUGGAAAAGUUCUUGAAGCAGACGAGGGUGUUGGCGAGAGAGCAGUUUAUGAAGCGGGCACUGGCGAUGAAGAUUGGUGAAGGGAUGGGGUGGGCUUGA